CAACUCCAUAAGAAGUUUUCAGUACUACUUAAAAGUAAAGUUCACUGGUCAGUCUUCAAAUAAUUAGCAACUCUUUUCUCUACAAACACAGAAAAAAGUGACCUUUUCCAAGGCAUAAGCUGUUUUUCUCCAACUCAAAUCAUCCCCUGGAAUAAUUGGAUCAGCUUUGGCAACUGGCAGACCUUUUGUCUUCUGUGAGUCAACAUGGAAAGGAAUCUUAAGAAUGUUUUGGUCAUUUCCUUUGGAUUUUUAUUUCUCUUUACUGCUUACUCAGGACUCCAGAGUCUGCAGAGCAGUCUCAAUGCUGAAGAAGGCCUGGGAGUUGCUUCCCUAAGUGUACUGUAUGCUGCGCUCACCUUAUCCUCCAUGUUCCUGCCUCCAAUCAUCAUCAAGAAGCUGGGCUGCAAGUGGACCAUUGUAGUCUCUAUGUGCUGCUACAUCGCCUACUCCUUAGGGAACUUCUAUGCUAGCUGGUACACACUUAUCCCUACCUCUAUGAUCCUGGGAUUGGGAGGAGCACCACUCUGGUCUGCCAAAUGUACUUACCUCACUAUUGCUGGCACUUUGUAUGCUGAGAAAGCAGGAAAAAAUGCUAAAGACAUUAUCAGCCAAUACUUUGGGAUCUUCUUUCUGGUGUUUCAGACUUCCGGCAUCUGGGGAAAUCUUAUCUCAUCCUUGAUACUUAGCCAAUCUUCCAACCAAGGGGAGAUCUCAGAAGACAACCUGGAAUGCUGUGGAGCAUAUGACUGCCUGACUGAUACCACUAACAGCACUGGGUCAGAAAGACCCUCCAACUCCUUAAUCUACACACUGGUAGGGGUCUAUACUGCUAGUGGUGUGCUAGCUGUGCUGCUGGUUAUGAUAUUUCUGGACCAGAUCAAAUCUAACCAAGCAGAGACUGAGAAAGAAAAACCAUCCUUUUGGUCUACAUUCUUAGCAACUUUCCGGCAUCUUAAAGAUAAAAGACAGUGUCUUCUAAUCCCUCUGACAAUGUACAGUGGGUUUGAACAGGCAUUUCUUACUGGUGACUACUCAAAGAGUUUUGUGACCUGUGCCCUGGGGAUACAAUAUGUUGGCUAUAUGAUGAUCUGCUUUGCAGGUAUAAAUUCCCUCUGCUCUCUGCUCUUCGGAAAGAUCUCACAGUUCAUGGGUAGAAAAUUUCUAUUUUCAUUAGCUGCAGUUCUGAACACAAGCUGUAUAAUAACAGUACUGCUCUGGAAACCUGAUCCCAAGCAGCUUGCUGUGUUUUUUGUAAUCCCUGGUCUUUGGGGUGUAUCUGAUGCUGUUUGGCAAACACAAACUAAUGGAGCUGAAAAUUCGAAAACCUGGUUGAUUAAGAGAGACGUCUUACCCGCAUACUUAAUCUGGGCCCAUGUUGUGAAAACUUGUAAGGAUUUGCACUUUAUGGCAUUUUAUUUGAGAAGAACAAGGAGGCUGCCUUUGCAAAUUACCGUCUCUGGGAAUCAGUUGGAUUUGUCAUUGCCUUUGCUUACAGCACCAAAUUGCAAGUCUACAUCAAAACAUACAUUGUACUGUCUGUGCUUGUGCUGUCCAUGGUGACCUACGGAGCGGUGGAAUACCUCGAGGCUAAGAGCUCCCCUGGGACACCUGCUGCUACAAAGAAGGAAAAUGGAGGAGCCCACUCCCAGGAAACACACAUGUAAUCCAACAGGGCCAGAGUGAUGGAGGCAAAGAAAACUGGCCAGCUCCUUACAGGCAUGCCUCCAAGGGUGUUCCAGUGUGUACUGUAUCCAGAAAGAAGGUAAAGGAACAAAUUUCAAGGCCAUUACAAUGCAAAUGUCUCAAGAGUAAAAACCUUCUUUGACAUCUCACCUUUAUAAGGGAAGAUUAUCUGACUUAACCCUUUCAUGCAUAUGAUCAACUAAUUAAUAAAGUCUUAAGAAAUCUAAGCAA